CCUAGAAACAAUACAGGAUAACAUGUGUCUUUGACAGGGCUAUUCUACAGCAGCGGGAUGACCAAGCACUGCGACUGUCCGUUUCCUCUGCCGCUCAGAACACUUCUCCCAGACUCUGUCUCAAACUGCUAUUUCUCGCCAAUAUGCGAGCAGGCUAUCUCUAGCAGACAAAUCAACCCAAGCGUCAAAACAGAGCUCCCAUGACCGACCAUCUCUGACAGAUGUUAAUGAGGCUCUUAAAGUCCAGUUCUGGGGCUUGCUGAACGACCUUGACCCUGCCUAUACUGAUCUUCUGGCCAUCAUGGCUGAUAAUGUACGUCAGCAGCUCCACUGUCUAGCAGACCUGAAGCGUUCACUGGUAUCAUUUUCAGAAGAUGCUGCAACAUUGUUCAAUAACGUCAGUUUAGAAGCAGUUGUAAACGACUCUGAAGGAAACCGUACUCGAGCAGAGUAUGCAGAUUUGUUGGUUAAUUAUCUGAAAGAUGUCAGCGGAUCCCUACGUCAAAGAUUCGACAACGCGACGUUCUGGUCCACAAACUCACUAAAGUGGGGUUUGGAAACAACGCUUGCGAAUGAUGCCGUGCAACCUAAAAAUGAGUUUUACCGAAUAAGAUUAAUGAAGGGCUCUCUUCAAAUUCAUUUUGAAACCAUCCGAAGGGACCUUGACAAGGUAUACUUCUGGAUCCAGACUAUCAACAAGCGAUCACGUGACGGCUCACCGACCAAUCAUCUCAAGGCUGGGAGCCUGUCCCAGCUGCACUACAACAAUGCUGUAGACGACAUCAGGAGGAUUGAACGCCUGAUACAGAUGUUGCUGACGUACGUGGUGCAGUUCCAGAACAUGCCGUCGGUCUCCCACCUGAUCAAGCUCAAACAGCCGCUAUACACUUUUCUUCAGCCUUCCUUUUAUCAGGACAACGUGCUGAACGUGAAUAUCUACUUCGAGGACCUGAGCGUUGAGGAAAGAGUCAAGUCCGAAGCCUACUCUGUGGAAGGACUCGUAUGUGACAUUGGCGGAAGUAUCGGGUUGUGUCUGGGCGGAAGUAUCCUCACCUUCAUCGAGGUUGCUGACCUCAUUCUCUUCUCAAGGAAGAGGAGGAAAGAUGACUCAGAUCCCAGCAAGCCAGGUACAGCCAUGGAAGACCUCCCCCAGAAGCAGGAUCCGUCAUGCACUUAAACCAGGAGGUACCGGGCGUCCAGCUGAUGCUGUAUGGAGUUAGACAUUGGUUGUAUUGGGAUAUACCUCACGGUUCAAGUCUAUUGCUGGUAUAACUGAAGCUACUAAUGGUGUACAAGCAAUUGUGAAAAUACCAACCGCUUAUUUACACUGUAGCGACGGAACUUUACCUUUUCCAGCUAUUUAUUCCAGUCGUGUCAGUUUUGCGAUUCGACUUUUCAUGUUGUUCUUGUUUCGAUUUGUGUACGAAUGUAAUGGAGAAGUUUGUGUAUGGCCGCGCAUUAAGCUGCAGUUGUAUCACUUGGGUCAUUUAGAUAAACAAAGCUACCGGUUUCUACACAACACAGCCAGCAUGUCACGCCAACAAUGUACUUUGGUGAGAAAACUGCGAUAACUGUUAUAUUUUGCAAAAUUAAGGGGAGACAACUCGUGCUAAGGGACACAACUCUUCAGUGUCGGUUGAAGCGCAUCUUACCUCGGCAUCAACUUGUCACUUGAUGUACUUUCGUUUAGUGUUCUGUGUUUUUGUAAUUCUUUCAAUAAAUGUUGCAAGAAACCC